AUGGAGAGUCAGAGAAUCCAGUCCUCGUACAGGAAGCGUUAUGGGCCUCAGGGCUCGGGCUCCACAGCCCCAAGAAUCGGGAGCCUUUCCUCUAACCGCUUCUCCUGGCAUGGCUCCCCUCGCAACCUCACCCACUACACCCCCGUGUCCAGGAUCUCCCUGGGCUCCACCAACCCGGCCCUUUUCCUGGGGAGCCCGGCCGACCGGCUGGACUUCCCCGCCGAGUCCCUGAUGAAGGCCCAAUUCAAGGAGACUCGCACCAACGAGAAGCUGGAGAUGAUGGGCCUGAACGACCGGUUUGCCAGCUUCAUCGAGAAGGUGCGCCAGCUGGAGCAGCAGAACAAGGUUCUGGUGGUAGAGCUGAACCAGGUGAAGGGGAAGGAGCCCAGCCACCUGGGAGACAUCUACCAGGAGGAGCUGAGAGAGCUGCGACGGCAGGUGGACGGUCUCACUAACGGCAAAGCUCGGCUGGAGAUAGAGAGGGACAACCUGGCCGCAGAUGUGGGAACACUGAAGCAGAGGCUGCAGGACGAGAUCGGCCUCCGACAGGAUGCAGAAAACAACUUGAACGCCUUCAGACAGGAUGUGGACGAGGCUUCUUUGAAUCGAGUCCAGUUAGAGAGGAAGAUCGAUGCCCUGCAGGAUGAGAUCAACUUCCUGAAGAAGAUCCAUGACGAGGAGAUUCGUGAUAUACAGGAGCAGAUCAUGUCCCAGCAGGUGCACGUUGACCUGGAUGUGUCCAAACCCGACCUGACUGCUGCCCUGAGAGACAUCAGGGGCCAGUAUGAAACCAUGGCCUCCUCAAACAUGCAGGAGACGGAGGAUUGGUACCGAUCCAAGUUUGCUGACCUGACAGACGCAGCCACUAGAAACGCAGAAGCCCUGCGCCAAGCCAAGCAAGAGGCCAACGAAUACCGGCGCCAGGUCCAAGUGGUGACCUGUGACAUGGAGGCUCUCCGUGGAGCAAACGAUUCUCUGGAACGCCAGCUCCGGGAGAUGGAGGACCGCUUUGCCAUGGAGACCUCCGGUUAUCAGGAUACAGUGAACCGUAUGGAGGAGGAGAUCCACGCCCUGAAGGAUGAGAUGGCGAGACACCUGCAGGAGUACCAGGACCUCCUCAACGUCAAGCUGGCCCUGGACAUCGAGAUCGCCACCUACAGGAAGCUGCUGGAGGGAGAGGAGGGCAGGAUCACUAUUCCAAUUCAGAGCUUUUCCAACACACAGUUUCGAGAAACUAAUCUGGACACCAAAACCCAUGAGACCCCCGUGAAGAGGAGCAUCCUGGUACGAACUGUGGAGACCAGAGACGGGGAGAUCAUUAAGGAUUCGACCUCUGAACACAAAGAUCUUUCCUAA